AUGGUCAUUCCAGAGAAGGAGACGGUGAUCGCCGUGGAUGACGGUGGCUGUGCCUGGACGGCACCGAUUGUGCCAUCGGUUGCUCCGUCGGUGGCUGUUGCUGCUGGGUUUGUUGCUGUUGGAGAGAGUCCGGAGCGGUUCAUAUUUUGGUUGGGGCGAGAAGCUUAUGCGCCCCCCGCCAUUUCCCGCCGCCGCCGCCGCCGCUCAGCACCACCUGCCUUCCUUCGCCUCGGCAUCAGUAGACGGGAUCGGGACCUCCCAGUUUUAGCGGAGCAUCGUACCAGCAGGAGGAGGCCCAGGGUUAUCCGCGCUCCCCCCCUCCCUCUCUCCCGUCGAUCCAGUGGAUGUAAAGAUGUCGACGAUGUUAUCAUUCUGGAGACUAUGUACAUGGCUGACGCUGCAGAGGAUGAUUUGAGUGAUUCAAUGUGGGGAUUCAUAAGGAUGGUGUCUCAGGUUUUAUGGGUACUCAACUGGUAAAGCUCUGAAUGCUUUGAUUUGCGUUGCUUCUUUUUUGUCUCCUAUACAUUGAUGGUUAUUUUUCUGGUCAACAAUAACUGUUGCAUUGUUUUGAAUCCAUGUAUAAAGUUUCUUACUGUUCUUUAUAGUAACUCGUAUCUCGAUUUUCCCCCACAAAA